CCCCCCCCCCUCCCCCCAACCUCCGAUGAGGUGAGCUCAGGGCGGCGCUGCUCACCUACUAGAACCGGAAGGCUAGUUGACUGGGUGCUCGUAGAUUUUUGCUCGGUAGGUGAUCGGAGCUUUUUUCUGGCUGCUCCAGCCGCAGGUAAGCCAUUAGUAGUUAGUACCGAUUCAGCUGGCUCGUGUGAGGGGAACGCUAAACCAGAAAAGGGUGCCUAUUUGCCAACAAAAUGGAUCCCGUCCUUGCCCGCGAGAAUCCUACAAGCGUCCUACGGUCCUACCAAUCCUUUGCAGCGGUAG